UUUGUAGCUUCGGUGCGAAGGGGCGGAGCCACAAAUCAUAACACGGAAGUCUCCUUUGCUUCACGUGCGGCGUCGCAGACACGCGGUGUUGCAGUGAAUUUUGGGUAAUGGAGGUCGAUGAGCUGCUCUCCUUCCUGACUCCUGAAACACGUCCGGAUGUCAAAGGUCAUGCCACCGACUACCUCUUGGGCCUGUCUGGAAACAGGGACGGCCUGCGCCACCUCCUCACUAACCCCGACCUCCUGGUGGCCGUCUCCUCCCUGACCUCCGACCCCUCCAACGCCACCGCCAAGGAGUGCUGCCUCAUCCUCGUCAACGCUUCUGCAGACGAGAAGCUCCACCAGGUGUUGGUGAAUCGAGCCAAUGUUCUUCCUGGUUUGUUGAAGAACCUCCAGGAUCCACAGUUCAUGUUCACGGACCAAAUCUGCACAAUCCUCUCCAACCUGACCCGCCACCGUCCCACCUGCAACACCGUCUCCAAGGCGAUGGUGCAGCAGGAAGUGAGCGUGGCGCAGCUGGUGGACAUGUUCUGUACUGAAGGGUUCAACAAGAUGGCGUCGCUGCACUACCUGGGCCCCCUGCUGUCCAACCUCAGCCAGCUCCCCGACCACCGCGCCGUCAUGCUGGACCCCCACAGGUGUGUCAUCAAGAGGUUGUUGCCAUUUCUCAGCUACGAGGCGUCGGCCACCAGGAGGGGAGGAGUCAUCGCAACGAUACGCAACUGCUGCCUCGACCACGCUUGUCAUGAUUGGAUGCUGGGUGACGAUGUGGACGUGCUUCCAUUCCUCCUGCUGCCGUUAGCCGGACCAGAAGAACUCAGUGAGGAGGAGAACGAAGGACUUCCUGUGGACCUCCAGUACCUCCCCGAUGACAAGGCCAGGGAGCAGGACCCUGACAUCCGCAAGUUACUGCUGGAAACACUGCUACUGUUAACAGCAACUAAACCUGGACGGCAGACGCUGAAGAAGAACAACGUUUAUCCCAUCAUACGAGAGCUCCAUCGCUGGGAGAAGGACGCAAACGUCAGUGCAGCCUGCGAGAACCUGGUGCAGGUUCUGAUCGGUGACGAGCCGGAGGCGGGCAUGGAGAACCUGCUGGAGGUGGAGGUGCCUGAGGAGGUGGAGGAGAAGCUGAAGCAGGCGGACCAGAAGGAGCAGGAGGAGAAUAAGAAGGAGGAGACUGGAGAGAACCGCAAGAGCCAGCAGAUACAGGAUGGAUGGAUCCGUUCCUAGCGAAGGAGGAGGAGAUCAACCCUACUGGUGUUUUUAAGACUGAAGGAGGAAGAGGAGGAGGAAGAGAUCAGCUCUCUUGUUGUUUUAAGACUGCAGGAGAAGGAGAUCAACCCUACUGGUGUUAAAAGUUUGAAGGAGAAGGAGGAGGAGGAGUAGUAAGAAGAUGGAGGAGGAGGUCAUCCUUCCUGGUGUUUAAGACUGCACCAGCAGGAGGAGGAGGAAGAGGAGAUCAGCUCUCCUGGUGUUGAAGUCUGCAGCAGGAAGAGGAAGAGGAGAUCAGCUCUCCUGGUAUUUAAGACUGCACCAGCAGGAGGAGGAAGAGGAGGAGAUCAGCUCUCCUGGUGUUGAAGUCUGCAGCAGGAGGAGGAAGAGGAGGAGAUCAGCUCUCCUGGUGUUGAAGUCUGCAGCAGGAGGAGGAAGAGGAGGAGAUCAGCUCUCCUGGUGUUGAAGUCUGCAGCAGGAGGAGGAAGAGGAGAUCAGCUCUCCUGGUGUUGAAGUCUGCAGCAGGAGGAGCUGCAGAGAUAGAAAGCUAGAAUCAUCAUAGGGUUUUGAUACGGCAUUAUUAUAUAUCAUGAGGAUCUAUAGUAUUCAAUAUGGUGUGUUAUAAUGAUAGGGCUCGAGACUAUAGGGUUAUACAUGUUAUAAUGAAAUGGCUGUUAUUAAUAAAGUCUCUAUAAUAUCUUUA